CUGGGGCAGCAAUUGGUGUCUUCAUGAAUGGUUGGUGUGCACUUGAUAGACUUGGUGUAGGUGUUGUGCUUAGGGAUAAAAGUAUGCCUAUUCCAGUGUACGUUUUCAUAGCCUUUUACGCUCAAAUCCUUUUUUCCAAAAUAUCUACUUUUCCAGAGUAUACUUUCACUGCCUUUUAAAAUUAAGUUCUCUUUCAGAAAUAUAUUUUGGGUAAUAUACUGGAUAGGAUAUGAUAUUUGAUGCAAGGAAAAUGCUACACAUAUCGCAAACGGAACCUGAAUGUGAGUAUGAACCGAAUUUUUCGCUUAACCAGUGAAGGCAAGAUUAGCAGCUUGGCCUCAAGAAACACCGCAACCUUCUGCGAUACGCAACAAGAAUACUUGUGGACCUUUUCUUCAAGUUCAUCUUAGGGCACAUAGCAAUGCUUCAAUUACAUGAUAAACAAUACCACCUUUAUGACCAUCUCAACUGGUAACAGCAUUCAGAACAUAGUCCACGCACUUGACAUAAUAUGUUUACUUUUAAUCUGCUAAUGAAUUUAAAAGAACCAACAUUCUGUAUAUCUUUCUCUCAAAAGACUUGUAUACCUCUUUACUUCCUUUCAAUGUAAAUUCUAUGCAGGAUUCAGGAACUAUGGCAUCAAAAGUCUACAGGGCAGGUAUGUUCCGUGUCCCUAAUGACAAAUUCCGUGGCAUGCUCCGCGGCUGUUAUAACGUCAUUGAUGACGUUGCGUAAGAGCGGCGCCUUCAGCCAAGAACAUUGAAUCAAAGAGAUCAGCGAGCAGCACCUGGACGGAACUCCAAGGGUGGCGGUGGAAGCCAUAUAUAUGCUUCCAGCUUACCAUUACACGGAGGAGGGUGAAGAGAAAUUGAAGGGAAGAUGGGCUCAAAGGAGGAGCAUCAUGACAUUGUUAUAGUGGGUGGAGGAAUCUGUGGUCUUGCCACUGCCUUGGCUCUUCACAGGAAAGGAAUAAAUAGUCUUGUUCUAGAGAAAUCUGACACCCUGCGGGCUGCAGGAGCAGCAAUCGGUAUUUACAUCAAUGGUUGGCGUGCACUUGACCAACUUGGGCUUGGUACGGAACUACGGACAAAAGCUAUCCCUAUAACAGAGAUACGAGAUAUGUGGCUCCACAAGAACAAGAUGCAAGUAACUUCAUGCAGGAAAGAAGAACUAAGAUGCUUGAAAAGGAGCGAUCUGAUUGAAACCUUGGCUAAGAAUUUGCCUACGCAAUCAGUUCAUUUUGGGUGCCAAAUUGUAGCAGUUGAAUCAGAUCCCAUCACUUCCUUUCCUGUUCUAUAUACUAAUGAUGGUGCUACCAUUAAAGCUAAGGUUCUAAUUGGUUGUGAUGGAUCAAAUUCAAUCGUUGCAAAAUCAUUAGGAUUACAGGCCCCAAAGGUUUUUCCAAUAUCUGUUGUGCGAGGUUUUACUAGCUAUUCAGAUGGUCACAGCUUUGACAGCCAUUUUAUCCGGCUAAGAGGUGAUGAUGGUGUCUUGUUGGGAAGGGUUCCAGUUGAUGAAAAGUUAGUUUAUUGGGCUGUGGCUCGGCUGUGUCCUUCUCAAGAUUCAGAUGUACGGAAGGUUCCUGUGCUCAUCAAAGAAUUUACGUUGGAGACAUUAAGAGAAUUUCCCCCAGAGGUGAUUGAAAUGGUGAAGCAUUGCGACAGCAGUUCACUGAGCCUGACGCAUAUUUGGUAUCGAGCUCCAUGGCACUUGAUCUUUGCAAACUUCUGGCAAGGCACCAUGACAGUCGCAGGGGAUGCAAUGCAUGUUAUGGCCCCAUUCCUCGGCCAAGGUGGCAGUUCUGGCUUGGAAGACGCAAUUGUGCUCGCUAGAUGCUUGUCGCAAGAGAUGCGAAUGGAUCCGGAGGGUGCAAUCAGUGAUCGAGAGCUGCGCAGGAGAAUCGGAAGAGCAUUGAGUAAAUACGUGAAUGAAAGGAGGCUGAGGGUAAUGAGGUUAUCAACACAGACUUAUCUUACAGCAUCGGUGAUGACGGCAUCGUCAUGGGUAAAGAAGCUGGUAUAUCUUGCCAUUCUGGUUGUUUUCUUCAGAGGUGGCCUGCUUAGCCACACUAAUUAUGAUUGUGGCUCUCUUUAGGAUAAAUGUUGUGUGCUUGUCUCAGAGGUGGAAUAUUGACAGUUAUUGCUCUCAAACAGUUUCUUUUUUCCUAGCUGAAAUAAUUCAUCCUCGAACAGGUUUUUUGUUU